AUGACCAAGCUUAUCAACCACAACACAACUAUUUCCAUGAAGAAGUCACAGGUCUUCUCUACUGCUGCUGACAGCCAGACCACCAUUGAGGUCAAGAUCUUCCAGGGUGAAUGUGAACUCAUUCAGGACAACAAACUCCUUGGUAACUUCAACCUCAUUGGCAUCCCUCCUGCUCUGAAGGGCAUCCCCCUGAUCAAGAUCACUUUCAACAUCAAUGCUGAUGGUAUUGUCCAUGUCACUGCCAAGGACAAGGCAACCAGCAAGGACCAGUCUAUGAUGAUUGCAUCCUUGUCAGGUCUGAGCAACAAGGACAUUGGGCACAUGAUCUCCAAUGCCAAGAAGUAUGCUGACAUGGAUAGGGCAUGUGAAGAACUCAUUGAGGAAGCAAACAGAGGCAAGUCAGUCUGUGUGGACACAGAGAAGGGAAUGAAUGAGUUCAAGGACCAACUUGAUGCUGCCAAGAGGGAGGUGUCGAAACCCAUUGGUGAACUUCAUGAAUUGGCCUCAAAAGGUCUCACCAGCGAUGCCUCUGUCACUGCUGAGCAAAUCAAGGAGAAGAUCAGUGAGACUUGA